UCGCGAAGUCCCGACGCAGGUGCCAUGUUGUGAAGUGAUGUUUUGAGGAAAUCCAAUCCGGGCGAAAUCCACUAAGUGGGAUCAAAAAACACAAUCGGGGUGACAAUGGAGUUCCCUGGAGCCAGCAACAGCUACCUCACCAUGUCGGGCUCCAGCCACCCCUUCCUCUCCUCCUCAGAGACGUUCCACACCCCCAGUCUGGGCGAUGAGGAGUUUGAGAUCCCCUCCAUCCCCCUCGAGCCCGACUCCGCCCUCUCCUCCUCCCACCACGGGGUCUCCCACUUCGGGGACCCCUCUCCCGACGACGGGGUGGUCGUCCCCGGCAACGCGGUGGUGGGCGGCGACGACCCCUCCUUCGCCUCCACCUACGUCAACACCCCCUCCCAGGGUCUGGAGCACCUGAGUUUGGGGGGGAUCAGCCAGCCAGGGGGGGGCGCCCUGCUGGGGUCUUCUCUGGGCAUGGACCUGGGCCAUCCCAUUGGCUCCCAGUUCAGCAGCGCCUCUCCAAUGACCAUCGACGUUCCCCUCGGCGACAUGGGCCAAGCCUUGCUGGCCACCAAUCAGCUCACCACCAUUGACCAAUCAGAGCUCAGCGCUCAGCUGGGGCUGGGCCUGGUGGGCGGGGCCAUGUUGGAGGAGUCUCAGUCCCCCGACAACCGCCUGUCUCCGGCGGCGUCGCCCACCAGCUCGCUACAGGACGACGACAUGGACGAUUUCAGCCGGAGUGUCCUGGUGGACUCCCCGGUCUCCCUCUCCGGCUCCCAGGGGGUCAUCUCCCUGGACCCCUCCGUGCCUGACUCCCCCUUCCCCUCCUCGUCCUUCUCCAGCGCCACCUCCUCCAGCGCCUCGGCCCCGGCCCGGGGCCGCAGGGCAGCAGCCGGAGGAGGAGGAGGAGUGGGUAAGAAGGGGAGGAAGAAGAAGGACCCCAACGAGCCGGUGAAGCCGGUGUCGGCCUACGCGCUGUUCUUCAGGGACACGCAGGCAGCCAUCAAGGGCCAGAACCCCAACGCCGCCUUCGGAGAGGUGUCCCGGAUCGUGGCGUCCAUGUGGGACAGCCUGGGGGAGGAGCAGAAGCAGGUGUACAAGAGGAAGAACGAUGCAGCCAAGCGAGAGUACCUGAGAGCCCUUGGAGCUUACCGGGCCGGACAUGUCUCCCAGGCUCCAAUCGAGGUACUGGACGACUCCUCCCCCUCUCCUCCCCCCAUCACCCCCCCCUCCUCCUCCUCCUCCUCCUCCUCCCGCCCCAGCAGGGUGCAGCCGUACAACCCCGAGGAGAACACCAUCACCAACAUCUGCACCUCCAACAUCAUCCUGGACCUCCCCCAGAUGUCCACUCGCUCUCGCACCGGCGUCGUCAAGCCUCCGGCCCCCAGCCCCCCCCCUGCUAUCACCAAGAUCAUCAUCAAGCGCUCGCCCUCGCCCUCCGGGGGUGUCACGGUGACGGCCAUGGCCGCGCCCCCCCGGCAACCGCCUCCACUGCAGCCCAUGCACGGCAUAGCCCCGCCCCCGCCCCGCCUCCAGCAGAUGGUCCACAGCCAGGCCCCGCCCCCUCUGCAGGCUAAGCCUCAGGGUGCGCCUGCCACCGGGGGGAGCAUGGCUCCGCCCCCUCCCCUGCAGAUCAAGAUCGUCCCGGCGAAGCUGCAGGUCGGGGGCGUCGUCAUGACGACGACGACGUUGUCGGGGGCGACCGACUUACUGGGAGAUGUGGGGGAGAUGGAGCAGUCUGCCGCCGCUGCCAUGGUGAUGGGCGGGGAGGAGGCGGAGGGAGAGAUGGAGGUGGAGGUGAGUGUGACCCCAGGGUCAAGGGUCGCGCCGGCCGCCAGCACCAGUGUGUGCGUGCGCGCAGGGUGUGUUAACCCAGCGGUGGAGAGCCAGGACUGGGACAAAGAGUACUGCAGCAAUGAGUGUGUAGCAACGCACUGCAGAGAUGUUUUCAUGGCAUGGUGUGCCAUCCGAGGGCAGAACUCCACGACGGUGACAUAGUAGGAAAAUGAAACACUUAUUUACAACCAAAGGAGCAAUGAUGGACACUUUAUGAAUGACCGGUCUACAAACCAGGUUGCAUUGUUUUUUAUAAUAUGCUCACUGACCACUACAGGUUUUUUUUUAAUACUGACAUGGGGACCGUUUCAGUAAUAGGGAGGCUUACCUCUUUUCACCAAGGGCCCGAUCUGGUUCUUCUUCAACAUUAUUAUGAUUAGAAUUCAACAACUGGUUGCUUGAUUAUUCUAAAAUGUUUGGUCAAGAAGGCUCAAGAUGGUGGGCUUGAACUUCUUUUAUGAAACUUCAGAUCACAUGAUUGAAACCUUCUUCUCGCAUACAUUUUUUAUUUUCUUUAUUUUUAAGAAUGGCCUGAUAAUGAUUUGUGUAUGCAACGUGACCUUGGUCGAUUGGUAGCUCAUAGAAUAAACGAAUGGGUGAGUGAGUUAAUUGAUUCCUAAAGGUGGAAAAAAUAUAUUGAUAAGUAAAAGAUGAGAACAACACAAUAAAUGGAGUGGACACGAUCGGUCUUCAGUCCAGUCGCCUGACCAAGAAAAUCAAAGAAGAAAGAUGUUGGAUACGUUGCAUUUUAAAUCAUGAACAGUCUAAAUAAUAUUUUAUAUUGAUAUGUUAUUUUUAAUGAGUGGUUGAUGGGACUUUCAUGAUUUGUGUGGCUUUAAUGGAUGCUAGUUACAAUUUGGAAGUAUUGAUCUGGUCAAAUUCUGAAGGUGAUUUAUGUUAAAUCAUUGAUUGAUAAUUCAAAAGUUUUGGUACCCAUAGCGAUGUAUGAGUUUGUCUUAAUAAUUUGGAAUUGAAUGCUUCAAUUUUAAGUCAGUUUGGAUAUAAGUGUCUGCUAAAUGACUAGACCUACAUGUAAAGCAGCUGGGGCAAACACAUUUUAAAAUAAAUAAAAUACAAAAUGUUAAUGAAUAAUUACAUGGACUUUAUUAUUCACCCUGUGAUAAAAAUGCUGUGUUUUAAUUCAUACCUAUAGACGUCCCUUGAAGUUGCAAUGGCAUCUUUAAAUUAUACUUUGAUUUGUAGAUUUUCUUUCUUGGAUACCUACCAAAUCCAACCGUUUUCUGCCCAUUUUAUCUUAUUAAGGAUCUGUGUGUCUAUGGUUUGAGGAGAAUAUCUUGGGGAUAAAUGAUUUAUGACUAUGAGGUCUAAAUAAGACGUAAAGAUAAACAUUUGUUAACGGCUAUGUUUUAAUGGUGAAAUAAAAGAUUUAUGUUUUAAUAUA